AUAAAAAAGAAAAUUAGCCCUCGAGACUCUAAAUAAAAAUUACUAAAACCAAAAUGUUAACUUAUGCUAAAACCACCGUCUUCGCCGUCGCCGUUAUUCUCUUAGCCACGGCCGUGUCUGCCGGAGAGCUCGAGAUGCUCGAGACGGCUCGAGCCGCGGUGGCUGAAUCGAGGGCGUGGGUUGGGUCGAGGGUUGAGACCGAGGGCUUCACUGGUCACAUUUAUUCAAAUGGGUCGGCGAUAAUCGAGUGUGAGAAGCUAUAUGAAGAGAGUGAGAUUAGGUUGUCGACUUUGAUAGAUGUUCAUGAAAAUUUUACUGUCGAUGAUGCGAUAACGUGGUUGGGCGGUGUCCUCGUGAACCAUAGGACUUGUUUGGAGGGUUUAGAACAAAAGGGUUUGGCUCAAAAGGCUUUGGUUUAUAAUAACGUGACGUUGAUCGUUAGCAAGUCUCUUGCUUUGUACCGAAAGGGGAGGAAGAAUCAUGUAAACAAGAGACCACAUGAGGCAGGGAGGCCGAACCAGAGCGGAGGAAUGCUGGUGUCAUGGAAUCCGACACGGUCUAAGGCCGAUUUCGUGGUGGCUAAGGAUGGUUCGGGUGGUCAUAGGUCAAUCAACGAAGCUUUGACUGCGGUUUCUAGAAUGGGUCCACGACGGUCUGGUAGAGUAAUAAUCUAUAUAAAAUCCGGUGUAUAUAACGAGAAAAUUGAUAUAGAUAGGAAGAUGAAGAACAUCAUGCUAGUAGGCGACGGUAUCGACCGGACAAUUGUAACGGGCAGUAGCAACGUCCCCGACGGCGCAACAACUUAUGGAUCUGCCACAUUUGGGGUGUCGGGGGAUGGAUUUUGGGCGAGGGAUAUGACAUUCGAGAACACAGCAGGACCGCAUAAGCAUCAAGCGGUGGCAUUGAGAGUGAGUUCGGAUCUGUCCGUUUUCUACAGAUGUAGCUUCAAAGGAUAUCAAGACACUCUCUUUACUCACUCUCUUCGCCAGUUCUACCGUGACUGCCACAUUUAUGGUACAAUUGAUUUCAUAUUCGGAGACGCGGCUGCGGUAUUUCAAAACUGCGACAUAUUUGUGAGACGGCCAAUGGACCACCAGGCCAACAUGAUCACGGCCCAAGGCAGAGACAAUCCACAUACAAACACAGGCAUUUCAAUACAAGAAUCACGAGUAAGGCCAGCCCCCGAACUCGAGGUGAUGAAAUCCCGUUUCCGAAGCUACUUGGGGAGGCCGUGGAAGAAGUACUCGAGGACGGUGUUUAUGAAAACGGAUCUCGAUGGAUUGAUUCAUCCGAAUGGUUGGACCGAAUGGAGCGGAGCCUUCGCCCUCUCUACAUUAUAUUAUGGGGAAUAUAUGAACACCGGGGCCGGAGCAAGAACCGAUGAAAGGGUGAAAUGGCCAGGAUUUCACGUUCUUCGUGGCUCGGAGGAGGCAAGCCCCUUUUCGGUGAGCAGGUUCAUACAAGGGGAGUCUUGGAUUCCGGCGACCGGUGUCCCGUUUCAUGCCGGCGUUUAGCCUUUUUAGCUUCGGUGGUCGGUCUCUAAAUUCUAAUGCAUGUGAUGUGUCGUUAAAAUGCGUAUUUUGUUUGUGAAGUACCGAAAAUGUACGUGUUAUUAUGAAGAUUCUUAAUCUCGUGAAAAGAUAUAAUCUUCAAUUUAAUCAUAUAAAAUGAAUAAACAUGAGUCGUUCUAUAAAA